AUGUGUAUAACCGCUUCCAUCACAGCCUCUUCACCUGGAGCUUCAGGAACACAGGUCUACAAGGACUGUGCUGCUCCUUCUCUUUGUCCCACGGCUGGAACGGCAACGUUUUCCGUCAACUUGGGUUAUUCCAGUGCCAUUGCAUCGGCUCAGUGCUGCGACUCCGACAACUGCAACUCCCAGACGUUGGCCUUUCCUACCCCUCAGUCUGCUAACGGCCUGACGUGUCUCGUCUGUGACCCGACCACCUCUCAGUGCAGCUCUACAGUUCCGUGUUCUGGAGACCAGACCAGCUGCUUCCAAGCAACCUUGACCAACGGCUCCACAACAUAUCCAGCUCUGGGCUGCACAUCUCCUAACACAUGUGCAGUUGCAGCCAACCUGGGAAACCUGCCUUUCAUGCAGAACACAAGCACUGCUUCUACAACAGUUGCUGAAACAACUUCCACAAGCUCUACAAGCUCUGCUCCUACGGUUGUUGCUGAAACAACUUCCACAAGCUCUGAACCUACAAGAUCUGCACCUACAACAGUUGCUGAAACAACUUCCACAAGCUCUGCACCUACAACAGUUGCUGAAACAACUUCCACAAGCUCUGAACCUACAACAGUUGCUGAAACAACUUCCACAAGCUCUGCAUCUACAACAAUUGCUGAAGCAACUUCUACAAGCUCUGCACCUACAACAGUUGCUGUGACAAAUUUGACAAGCUCUGCACCUACAACAGUUGCUGAAACAACUUCUACAAUUGCUGAAACAACUUCUACAAGCUCGGCAUCUACAACAGUUGCUGAAAAAACUUCUACAAGCUCUGCUCCUACAACAGUUGCUGAAACAACUUCUACAAAAUCUGCACCUGCAACAGUUGCUGAAACAACUUCCACAAGCUUGGCUCCUACAACAGUAACUGAGACAACUUCCACAAGCUCUGAACCUAGAACAGUUGCUGAAACAACUUCUACAAGGUCUGAAUCUACAACAGUUGCUGAAAAAACUUCUACAAGCUCUCCUCCAACAACAGUUGCUGAAACAACCGCCACAAGCUCUGCUCCUACGGUUGUUGCUGAAACAACUUCCACAAGCUCUGAACCUACAAGAUUGCUGAAAGAAGUUCCACAACCUCUGCUCCUACGACCUACAACAAUAGCUGAAACAACUUCCACAAGCUCUGCUCCUACAACAGUUGCCGAAACAACUUCUACAAGCUCUGAACCUAUAACCGUUGCUGCAACAACUUUGACAAGCUCUGCAUCUACAGCAGUUGCUGAUACAACUACCACAAGUGCUGAACCUACAACAGUUGCUGAAACAACUUCCACAAGCCCUGCAUCUACAACAGUUGCUGAAACAACUUCCACAAGCCCUGCAUCUACAACAGUUGCUGAAACAACUUCUACAAGCUCGGCAUCUACAACAGUUGCUGAAAAAACUUCUACAAGCUCUGCACUUACAACAGUUGCUGAAAAAACUUCUACAAGCUCUGCUCCUACAACAGUUGCUGAAACAACUUCUACAAAAUCUGCACCUGCAACAGUUGCUGAAACAACUUCCACAAGCUUGGCUCCUACAACAGUAACUGAGACAACUUCCACAAGCUCUGAACCUAGAACAGUUGCUGAAACAACUUCUACAAGGUCUGAAUCUACAACAGUUGCUGAAAAAACUUCUACAAGCUCUACACCUACAGCAGUUGCUGAAACAACUUCCACAAGCUCCACAUCUACAACAGUUGCUGAGACAAUUUCCACACGUUCUGCACCUACAACAGUUGCUGAAACCACUUCCACAAGCUCUGCACCUACAACAGUUGCUGAAACAACAUCUUCAAGUGCUAAACAUACAACAGUUGCUGCAACAACUUUGACUAGCUCUGCAUCUACAACAGUUGCUGAAACAACUUCUACAAGCUCUGAACCUACAACAGUAGCUGAAACAACUUCCACAAGCUCUGAACCUACAACAGUUGCUGAAACAACUUCCACAAGCUCUGCACCUACAACAGUUGCUGAAACAACAUCUUCGAGUGCUAAACAUACAACAGUUGCUGCAACAACUUUGACUAGCUCUGCAUCUACAACAGUUGCUGAAACAACUUCUACAAGCUCUGAACCUACAACAGUUGCUGCAACAACUUUGACAAGCUCUGCAUCUACAACAGUUGCUGAAAUAACUUCUACAAGUUCUGCACCUACAACAGUUGCUGAAACAACUUCCACAAGCUCUCUCUGCACCUGCAACAGUUGCUGA